AUGUGCCUGACUGAUAUCGCCGGGCCGCCGCCGGGCUGCGCCAAGCCUGGCCUGGCUGCCCCACGCCAAGAUUCAUGCCCGGCAAACAAGCCUCACUUUGUUCCUGUGGGAAAGUCCGGCCUCUCAGGAAAGAGCUUCUCUCCGCCGGGCCCUGGGCUGGGGACGCGCAAGUUGAACAAAGCCUCAUCCGCUGGCCACGAUUCAUGGGCCCAAGGUCCACCUCCGCCCCGGAGAGGAGAGGAGAGGAGAGGACGGGUCUGCCCAGGGGGUGGAACUCCGGGCCAUCCCUUUGUCCCCCUCCUCCGGAAGCCCCUGCUGGAAGGGGCGUUCCUGAUUCCCUAUGUGGUGUUUUUCAUCUGCUGUGGAAUUCCUGUCUUCUUCCUGGAAACAGCUCUGGGGCAGUUCACAAGUGAAGGUGGCAUUACCUGCUGGAGGAGAGUCUGCCCCUUAUUUGAAGGCAUUGGCUAUGCAACGCAGGUGAUCGAGGCACACCUCAAUGUCUACUACAUCAUCAUCCUGGCAUGGGCCAUUUUCUACCUAAGCAAUUGCUUCACUACCGAGCUCCCCUGGGCCACCUGUGGGCACGAGUGGAACACAGAGAAAUGUGUGGAGUUCCAGAAGCUGAAUGUCAGCAACUACAGUCACGUGUCCCUGCAGAAUGCCACCUCCCCGGUCAUGGAAUUCUGGGAACGCCGGGUCCUGGCUAUAUCUGAUGGUAUCGAGCACAUUGGGAACCUCCGUUGGGAGCUGGCAUUGUGUCUCCUGGCAGCCUGGACCAUCUGCUACUUCUGCAUCUGGAAGGGUACCAAGUCGACUGGAAAGGUCGUGUAUGUCACUGCAACCUUCCCCUACAUCAUGCUGUUGAUCCUCCUAAUCCGAGGUGUCACGUUGCCAGGCGCCUCUGAAGGCAUCAAGUUCUACCUGUACCCCGACCUCUCCCGGCUCUCUGAUCCACAGGUGUGGGUGGACGCUGGGACGCAGAUCUUUUUCUCCUACGCCAUCUGCCUGGGCUGCCUGACCGCUCUGGGGAGUUACAACAACUAUAACAACAACUGCUACAGGGACUGCAUUAUGCUCUGCUGUCUGAACAGUGGCACCAGUUUCGUGGCUGGGUUCGCCAUCUUCUCAGUCCUGGGCUUCAUGGCGUACGAGCAGGGAGUGCCCAUUGCUGAGGUGGCAGAGUCAGGUCCUGGACUGGCUUUCAUCGCCUACCCCAAGGCUGUCACUAUGAUGCCCCUCUCCCCGUUGUGGGCUACCUUGUUCUUCAUGAUGCUCAUCUUCCUGGGCCUGGACAGCCAGUUCGUGUGUGUCGAGAGCCUUGUGACUGCCGUGGUAGACAUGUACCCCAAAGUCUUCCGGAGGGGCUACCGUCGAGAACUGCUCAUCCUAGCCCUGUCCAUCAUCUCCUAUUUCCUAGGCCUGGUGAUGUUGACAGAGGGUGGGAUGUACAUCUUCCAGCUUUUUGACUCCUAUGCCGCCAGUGGCAUGUGCUUGCUCUUUGUAGCCAUCUUUGAGUGCGUCUGCAUCGGCUGGGUAUAUGGAAGCAACCGGUUCUAUGACAACAUUGAGGACAUGAUUGGCUAUCGGCCACUGUCACUUAUCAAGUGGUGCUGGAAAGUUGUGACCCCUGGGAUCUGCGCGGGCAUCUUCAUCUUCUUUCUGGUCAAGUACAAGCCCCUCAAGUACAACAAUGUGUACACAUACCCAGCUUGGGGCUACGGCAUUGGCUGGCUGAUGGCUCUGUCCUCCAUGCUAUGCAUCCCACUCUGGAUCUUCAUCAAGGUGUGGAAGACAGAGGGCACCCUGCCCGAGAAAUUAAAGAAGUUGACAGUUCCCAGCGCUGAUCUGAAAAUGCGGGGCAAGCUUGGAGCCAGCCCACGGACGGUGACCGUUAAUGACUGUGAGGCCAAGGUCAAGGGCGACGGGACCAUCUCUGCCAUCACAGAGAAGGAGACACACUUCUGA